AUGGACCGGCUGGCGAAUGUUGUCGACGAUUUCGUUUUGACUGACAGAGUGCAGACCAGUCGCGUAAAGCGGAUGUGAAAACCAGCGGAGCAUGCGCGCGCACCAAUUCGCGGCAGCAGUGCAGACGGCGAAGACAACGAAGACGACGACGACAAGGAGGACAACAACAACGACGACAGCGACGAAGAAAUGCAUGACUUCAUUCGGCGGUUAUCGCAAUGCAAUCUCCGCUGCUGGGACAUUUAUUCGGUGGGUGAUACUGAGGAAGAACAUGGGAAUGGCCGCCCAGAACCUUCACCCCCACGCUUCUUCUUGCACCUCCUUCUCCAGACAGACAUUACCGGCAACAUAAAAAUCCGUUUUCCCGGCUUUUGGUGGGGCUGUCCUUCGGAUAAGUGA